AUGCCUGGCGGUAAUCCCGAGGCUUGGCCACAUAUCAAGCCAAUAUUCCAGGCUAUUGCAGCCAAAGCCAAGUGUGGAGAGCCUUGUUGUGAUUGGACAGGACCGGGUGGUGCUGGGCAUUUUGUCAAAAUGGUUCAUAAUGGUAUUGAAUAUGGUGAUAUGCAGCUAACAGCAGAGGCCUACCAUUUGAUGCGUACUUUAGGUCAUUUUUCAAACGAUGAAAUAUCCAAAGCUUUCAAAAAAUGGAAUGAAGGUCCAUUGGAAUCUUACCUUAUAGAAAUAACUGGAAAUAUAUUAGCAUACAAAGAGUCGGAUGGUACACACUUAAUUGAUAAAAUAAUGGAUACUGCCGGACAGAAAGGAACUGGCAAAUGGACUGCAAUCUGCGCUCUUGAUCAUGGUGUUCCUGUGACACUUAUAGCUGAGGCUGUAUUUUCACGUAUAUUAUCGUCAAUGAGAUCUGUUCGCUUAGAAGCAUCUAGUGUUUUACAGGGACCGAAGGAUAAACCAUUUAAAUGUUCCACUCCUGAUGAAGCAAAACAGUUAGUCGACGAUAUAUGGAAGGCAUUGUAUGCAUCUAAAAUAGUUUCCUAUGCUCAGGGAUUUAUGCUGUUGCAACAUGCUCAUCAAACUUUUGGUUGGAAACUGGAUCUUGGUGCAAUUGCACUUAUGUGGCGUGGUGGAUGUAUAAUACGCAGCCAAUUUCUUGGAAAUAUAAAAGAAGCCUAUGAACGCAAUCCUAAUCUUAGUAAUUUACUUCUAGACCCAUUCUUCAAACAAAUUAUCGAUGAAUGUCAAAAUGGAUGGCGUCAAGUUGUUUCUCAUGCAGUACUUAAUGGAAUUCCUACACCGGCAUUUAGUUCUGCAUUAACAUUUUACGAUGGAAUAAUAUGUCCUAGUCUACCUGCUAAUUUAUUACAAGCUCAACGUGAUUACUUUGGUGCUCAUCAAUUUGAGAAGAUAGAUAAUCCAGGCGUUUUUGUUCACGCUGAUUGGACUGGUCAUGGAGGUUCUGUAGCUUCUUCUACAUAUCAAGUUUAA